CUACACAUAGUGCCUUAUUCCGGUGAUUGGCGCAAUUUCAAGCUGCCGCAAGACUACGUGCAACAUAGCGAGGCUGAAAAGCACAAAAUCAAAUUGGCAGAUGACUACGUGGCACGUUGCUAUGAUAAUUAUCUGGCGCACGGGUGCCUUAUGUGCGAAAGGACAAAGGGCGAGAAACGGAUAUUCCAAACGUUUCCUCUAUUGGAUCAGCAUAUGUACAUGGUUCAUAAAUUCGAAUUUUGUUCUAUUUGUGUGGAAAAUCUGAAUUUGUUCACUCGUGAGAGGAGGUUUUAUUCACAGAGGGAUUUACAAAUUCACCUUGAGACAGGCGAUCCUGACGACAAAAGCCAUAAAGGCCAUCCGCAGUGUUUGUUUUGUAGUGAGCGUUUCUUGGAUGAUGACUUUCGGUACCAGCAUCUUCGAAGAAUUCAUUUCUUCUGCCAGAUUUGUGAUGCCGAUGGAAAAAGCAAUUAUUUCUUUGCGUAA